CUCCUCCCCUCAACAGCCGCCUGGAUCUGACGUUCUUGUCCCGCGCAUGCGCAUUGACAUGAUGGGAAUUUCCAACAGCUGAGAAGGCGUCGCUAGCUACGGCUAUCACUUGUUUAAGUUUGGAGCUGGCUCAGGACAAUCACACCAUUAGGAUUCUGACUUGAUGAGUCCGCGUGACCUUGCAUCACUGCACUUUCUGAUUCCGUGGGAUGUAUUAGCUACAAAGUUUUUUGUUUUUUUAACAGAGCGUGACGCAAAAGACAGUCCUCAAAUCAUCUAAAGCAACAUUGGCUGGUGUCUCUGAAAACAAAUCAGUGUUAGAGCCAGUAACAGAGAUGCCCAUAAGAAGACAUCCGUGCAGCCGGCAGCUGAACCACCACAACUGAGUGUGGCAUCUCUUUGUGGAGAGAAUGUCUCGCUGAGACUCAUUUCUUCUUCACCCUCACUAACGUUAUAAACGUUGAGUGUGUGCUGGUACAUACAAAAAAUAUUGAUAACCCAAAAUGAUGCUUAAAUGUGGCAUCCUUGUGCAGGGUCUGCGAAGGGGGUGAGGCUCUCUCUAAAAAGGCAAACAGCUGACUAUUAGGCUGCUGCAUAAAAUGGAUGCAAAGUUAAAGGAGGACCUCUUUCGAAGGUAUGUGGGGGCACUGGAGCGGCGCCUGGAAGAUGGAGGGGGAAUGUCUGUGAUGGCAAAUCCACAUGAUGGUGACAAAAGGAGACACAAGGACAGCGAGGCACUACUUUCCACAGCCACAGCGCUACUUGGGGCCUAUCAGCCAGAUCCAGGACAGCGUUUCCGCAUGGUGCGCUUUUAUGAAGUUGUUGAAAGUUCGCUCCGCUGCCAAAGAGGAGGCAACCUCAGGAGCUUGGAGAGAGCUUUCCACACACUGGAAACAAUCUGCACCAACCUUUUGCUCUUCCCCUGGAAGAAAGAAUUCAGAUGUAUAAAGACUUUCACUGGCCCAUAUGUGUACCAUCUAAAGGCCGCAAUUUCUGACGCUGAACUCCGAUCUCUAAUGCGCACAAUUGGCUACACCUGCGACCAUGACUCCCAAUUCUAUUUUCAGGAACAUCCAGGAGGCUCGGGUCAUCUCCGCCAGUUGGCUUUUGAGCUCUUCCUGGCCCAGGCGGAGUGUCGUCUUUUGGGAGAGGUAGUGGCUCUGGCCCGCGGUUCCGCAUCAGAGUUGGAGGCCCUGGAACUCCGCAAGGGCUGCCGAGAUGAUGCAGCCGGCUGUGCUGAAGCGCUUCGCAGACGUGACAGCCUUGGGGCUGAUAUGGCUCGCCUAUCUGUGCAGCCUCUGGAUAUUGAGAGGCCUCAUGUUCACCACCUGAGGCGAGGUAGCCGACCGUCAAAGUCUGUAGAUGUGACAGAUGGGGCAGGUCACUGGCACGCAGCAGUUAGUAAACCGAUUUUGAAAGCCUCAUUGAGUCUGAGGAAGGAGCCUCUGUUUGUGGAUGCAGAAGAAGAUAUGAAGGAUGAGAUCAUCAGACCCAACACCUCAACAUCUCUUUUCUCCGUGGCAGCACCCCCGUCCUACAGCCCCAUUGCAGAUUUCUUCCCCACGCAGUCACCCCCCCUGGCUGAUGCUUACACAUCCUACCACCUCUCGUCAUUGGAUGAGAUUGACUUGUACACAGAGCGAGGCGUGGGUGGAAUUGGUGGAAGGCAAACCCCUUCACGACCUGCGUCCCGAGAGCCACGAGACGCCAGAGAUGGGUGGCUGCUCAAAGCCCACGGCAGUGUGAAGUGCCAGGGCUGUGGGAUGGGCUGCUCUACGAUGGCCUCCUGCCAGAGGUGUGAUGUGAUUCUGUGCGCUGCCUGUCACGAUGUUGAGCCCGCUCCUUGCUGUAGCCUGCAGGACUACCACCCCAAAUCUCCACGACCACUGGAUGGAUAUAUUCCUGUGAAGGAAAAGCUUUCUGUCUACUCAAACACUCAUUCCUACUCGCAUCUCCACCCCCACCCCCUCACACUGACCCAUUCUCACACGCAUUCACACCCUCACUCCCAAAUGGUGGAUAAACCUUUGCUGUCUACUAAGUUGUUUCCAAGCAAGUCUGCUGCUUUGACGACGCCAAAGGGAGGCACGAGUGAGCGCAUCAGCAUGGGGGGAUCGCGAUGCGGGUUUUGCAACAAGCCAGGUGCAUCACACACCUGUGUGAACUGUUCUAAGGUGUCAUGUGACUCAUGCAUGGGCUUGUAUGCCAAGGAUAUGUGCACACGUAAGAAUCCCCAGCACAUGUUUGUGCCCAACCAUCAGCUCAACUUUAAAUCUGGCACCAUCUCUCACAUGGUGUAUCGAUGAUCCAGGUAUAGGCUUUGCUUCUCUGCGUUUAGUUUCCUCCUUUAAAAGACAACAUAGUCUUGCAUUUAUGCUUACGAUCACUUGCAAUCUCCCCUUUUAGCUUUUUCAACUCCAUACCAGCUAUGUUCUCUCUCUGUUGGUUAGGCCAUCAUGUUUGCUCAAAGUUCUGGCCUUUUAUCUACUGUAAUACUUUCUUUUGCCUUGCUACCCACUCUUUAAUAGUCAUGUGAUGUUGUAGCACUUUUGCCCUCUACAUGGGAACUUAGAGUUAAAGACCUUCUAAUUACAAAUUCCAUCCAAAAUUAUAUAUACUUCUAAGCUAAAAAGAAAAAAAAUCAUCAAAUAUAAAUAAAGUAUAUGGUAUAUGUAUGUGUGUGCUUGCACGCACCUGUGUGCGAGCACUUAAAAUACCUACAGCGCGAAAAAAUGACUUUUUAAAACUUGAAAAUAGUGAUAAAAGAUACACUGGAAGUUAGUAACCUAAUAGUAUAUAUUUUAAUCUGUAGUCUGUAGAACAAUGUGAGACUUUUGAAUAGAUGAAGACUAAGUUGGAAGUACUGUACUGUAUCUCAAAGGGACUGACUGAGACAAUGAGCAGAUGCCAUAUUCUAUUUAUGAAGUCAUGCCUUGUAAAUGAACCCCCUUUGUUUCUGGCUGACGUUUUACUGCUGCUAUUACCUUAGGAAGUAAAGAGGUUGACCUCUUUUGAGUAAAUAGCUUGUUUGUUUGUGUGUGUGUGUCAGUGUGUCAGUGUGUCUGUUUUAAUUCCAUCCAACCCACGUCAAUUCCAGUACGAUCUCAGAACUUCUGUGGUCCAGGAUGCUGCAUUGUCCCCUCACCAGAGCAGAUGUUCCCUGUAGUCUCAGGUGAAGUCAUAGCAAGUGUCCGGGACACAAAUUAAGUACAUGCAUUACUUCAGGCAUACUCUGAAUUGUUUUAAAAGGUGUAAAAUGAGAAAAUGUCUGAUCUGUCAUGCUUUCUGUCUACCUCAAACUGCUUAACAGAGUUUGACUUUGCAGUCUUUGACUACUCCCUGAAAUGUUGAAAACAAUGUGUACCGUUGAUUACGUAUAAAACUUGGUUAUCUUAACAGGUUUUCCUUACCAAUCCUCUAAUAGAUACAGUUCAAACAGUGCAUGUGAACAAACACCUGUAUGUGUGAUGCAGUAUAAUACUGCAGUAAAGGCUUCCAAUGCCACAUGUGGUUGACUGUUGAAUCAGUACCAUUAUCGUUUUAGGCCGAGGUUUAAUAGACGUCUGUGUCCAUGAUCGCUUAGAACAUUGCACACUCGAGAACAAAUCACCACUGACGACGUGUUUAAUUAAAUGUGACUUAGUGAGUUAAAUGCAUGCUUUUCUGACUGGUGACUCAGAGGGAUUCAUCAUUUGCAAAUGUGCAGCAGAGACCAUCACAAGUACAAACUUGUUCAGAACAUAAAUAUCAGUAAAUAUCAUAAAUAUUUUACCCUAAAUGUAACUGAAAUGCUGCCCAAUAAGACUACAUAUUAAUUAUCACUUAAUUGCUGCUGCUCUGCACUCGGGACAAGUCAUUUGAUGGACAGUUGUAUAAAUCCGGUUAAGGAAAAGCUUUUGAGCUGUUGUGGCAGCUUUGACAGGAAGCCCACUUUUUUAAUGGGUGCAGUUUGCUCUGCUGCUGACAGAUGGCAACAUCCACCCAUGUUAAUGUUAAAUAAUAUAGUGUUAAAACAUAUGUUUGAAAAUGUUAUAUCCUGUGGCCUGUGAUGUCUGUCAACCUUAUUUGGUGCACAUUUUACCUGUCAUUUACUAUAAUCUGAUUUGAGCAAAAAUCCAAGCACAUUUUAGCUUCACAAAGGCUGUUUUUUAGUGUAUGUCCUCCUGGUUGUCAUUGAAGUGUGUAUGUUUAGUAGUGGUGGUGUGAUACUUUCAUGUGUCCCUCUCAGGCUAUUGGUUUGAGCUCAUACGCACCAGCUUCUGGAUAGCUUGGUUUUCCUGUUGAAACCAUCAUCAGCAAUGUCAAUGAUGUAUUGAUUAAUUUAUUGGAACCCAUGUGUAUCGCACAUUUAGUGUUUAGUUUUCACAUUACAGUUAGUCGUUUAAGUGCUUAAACUUCAGUGAGUUAAUGCAGUUUAAAUGUUGGUUAUUUUGAAAGUUAUGUUCUCUUUGGAAAUCAACUCUCAUUGCCUUACAUCAUUCAUCUGCCAUUUUUGUAAACAAUAUCUGCAAAUGAAAUGCACGCGAGUGCGAAUUAAUCACCACACAGUGUUUCAGAGAUGCCUCUUGGUGGCCAUACUCGCUUAAUGUUUGUAAGUCAGGAGUGAUCAGGCUUUUGUUCACCAAAAGACCGUGUUAGGGUAUGAUGUUUGAUUGAACAAACUUGUUUUCAUUCCCUCCCUUUAAGAACUUGAGGUCUGUGUUGUCUUUUUCAUACAAAAAAAACUUGAUAAGUUUUGCUUCUGCUGGAGUGAUUGUUGAGAUGUAUUUUUAAAAAAUCAACUUCAAUCAUUGUAAGCAAAGGAAAACAUUGUAUCACUGAUGAGUGACCCGAAGUGGUGUGCAAUCAUUGUUUUCAUCAGACGCCUUUUAGAUGCUUUAAAUUCUUGUCUAUAAUUUAUAUCGAGUGUAUAUAUACACACACUUGUGAUAUAUACAUGCACAUUCAUUUAGUUGUUCAUUGUGAAUCCUACCAGCAACAAAGGUGACUUUUAGAAGGAUUGCAACCGUGAUGAUAUUGCCAAAUGAAGAACAAGGAUAGAAUCCUGUGAUUUGUCCUGGAUGUCUUGUCAAUGUUCCAGAUAGUAAAUUAUAUGAUUUUGCUAGAGUAUAGACUUGCCUGUAGAUGGUAAUCUUUAUAUGAAGUCUAGAGAUCGACACCUAUGACAAAAACUGCCCCGGCACACCAACUGACACGGUUCUAGACAGCAGACAGCUAUUGAGGUCACUAAAGGGCUAAACAGUCUUCAGGGUUGCUGCUGGGUUGGACUAUUGCGAAAUAUGUACUUUACAUACACCACUGGACAUUAAUUGCGGAUGUUUGGAAAAGCAAAAGCUUUGUUAUUUUGUGGCAUGGAAUACUGUAUUACAUUUUGCUGUUUGAACACAAUUGGUUGAAGGUUGACGCUCCUUUUAACUCUCUGUGUGGUAAUGGUAUAUACUGUCAGGCUAUCCUACCUGACCCACUCCUGGCAUGCUCUCUACAAAGUCCUGCCCCAAAACCCUUCCCCCCCUCCCCCAGACCACCACUCUUCUCUUCUCUCCCCACCCACUUUGGCACUGGAGAUCACUGCACAAUGUCUUUAGGAUCAAUGUGUGGCCACAUAUGAGCGUGGACAGGGAAAAUAGCCAAACUUGUUCAUCAGUGAAAAUAUAUGUAAAUGAAUAAAGCAAAUGUAAAUGAUAUUUUAUAGAAUAAUUUAAGGAAUAAAAUUCUGAAAAAAUA